GUUUUUCAUGAAUUUCCUGGUGCAACCGAUUAAUGACUUUUACUGUGGCGAUGACCGAUCCACAAUUGACUAACAACAAUCGCAAUAGCAGCAGCAGCAGCAUUAACAAUAAUAAUAAUAACAAUUCUAAUAAUCACAAUAGUAAAAAUAAUUAUGAAGAACCAAAAUAUCUACACAAAAAAUUCAAGAAAAUUGCGACUAGCGAAAAUGUUGGUACAGUUGUUACCACAUCUGCUUCACAUGUUACUAUGCUUAAAACAAAAGAUAAUUUGUCUGAUCUUGAUUCAACGAAUACUAAUGAAGUUGGUGAGUCUCGGAAAUCUGGUUAUAUUUGUCCGUAUUGCAAACUCUCCUGUGCUAAACCCAGCGUUUUACAAAAGCACAUCAGGGCUCAUACAAAUGAAAGACCUUACCCAUGUAGACGUUGCGGAUUCGCCUUCAAAACUAAAUCCAAUCUCUAUAAGCACUGUAGAUCCAGAGCUCAUGCUGUUAAGAUGGAGGGUACUGAUAUUACUAAGACUGCCUUACAACUUUCAGAGGAUUCAGACGUAAGUCUCUCAGAUAGUGCAAGUAAUGAUACAAGCACACCACCACCUUUGCUACCGCCAUUACCACCACCUCUUGUAAUCCCUUCAUCAUUGACACACUCGCCUAUAGUUUCUAAUUUAAGCUUAAGCCAGAAGACUGUUAAGAUUUACAAGCCCAAAUUUCACAUGGCCCUUCAACAAUGUGCAGUCAACGAAAUAAAUAGUAAUUCGAAAAUAAAUUUGAUACAAGAGCAUAUAGAAAGUGCCAUUGCCGACAAUCGAACCAUCACUGAAGCACUUAAUCCACACUUGCACGAACUCCUUCAUUGCCAGCAAAAUUCCACUAUACCCGAGGCACAUCGUAAGCGCUGUCACGAAUUGAAUAUGGAAAAACAAUUUUAUUCAGAAAAUAAAUCCGAAGUUGAAUUUGAGCAUAAACAUAAACCUAAAUCUGAAUUAGAUUCGGAAUCAGAAUCAGAUUAUUAUGUAAAUCAGCAAUCUCUUCCAUCUCCGGGACCUGUGCUUGGUCAUACUCAGCUUGUUGAUGUUCGAAAGCGACCUCGGUUAGAGGAAUUUUCUCGAUAUUCUCGACCUAGUGCACUCCAAAUGUUUGGUGGCGAGGUUCGUAUUCUGGACCGUACUGGUGAGAGCAAGACUUUACGCAUUGAACCAUGUUCGAGUGGAUCGCCAAAUACAACUAUGACUGGUCUGGGUCCGGUAUCUGGAUCCGAAACCGCUUCAAUAGUUGUUCGUUCAAGUCUCCACUCAGGUGGUACUAUGCUUCAAAAGCCAGUAAUCGAAAAAUUAUCAGUACCACGAAAUUCUGACCAUCUUGGUCUGGUUACAUUAGCACCUAAUAUCUCACCACCAAGUUUGGCGCCUAGUCUUGGUAUUCUACAAACUUCGGAAAGUCAUUCGUUCAGUUCUCGUCUUCCAGAAUCGGAUAAAGAAGCCACUCGAGUUACAGUAUGUGCGCCACCUUUCGGAAACAAGUUUCUCCGGCCAAGUUCGCUACCCCUUAAACUCGGUAGUUUUACGCCUAAAUGUUAUAAUGGUGUUACUCCGAUAACUAAUACAUUAACACUUGUUAGUCCAGAAACGCCACGACCCAAGAAAUCAUAUGGACAGUUAUAUCUAAAUGGUCAUGCCUAUACCUAUUUGGGUCUUAAGUGUUCAACGAGACUUUUUUAUUGCACACUUAAUAGACCACAACCUAUGUACGUUACUCAACAGCAUGGUCUCUCUAUGUAUUCUAAUUGGAAAAUUUGUAAAGAGGCACCGCCGGAAUUAGAGCUCGCGCGUUACGAUUCACGACAUCGACCUGCUGGUUACACGCUCGCUAGUGGUCGACACGAAGAUAUCCUUACACAUUCAUCACAACGACCAUGCGCUCCAAACAGUCCCGAUAGCGGUCUUGAAAGUGAUAGUCAGGAAAGGGCUCGACGUCUUCGACUUUUCGACAGUAGUUUUGAGAUAAAUGAAGAUUACACCCAUAUAAAUGGUAAAAGUGAUGGAGAAAGACAACAGCGCAGCCGAAUAUUAAUGGGUGUUUCGCCCACAAUUAUUGCAGGUCGUGGUCGUUAUAUCUGCGAAGAAUGCGGAAUCCAUUGCAAAAAACCAUCAAUGUUAAAAAAACAUAUACGAACUCAUACAAAUUUACGACCCUAUCGGUGCACUCUUUGUGCGUUCAGUUUUAAAACUAAGGGUAAUCUCACCAAGCACAUGAAGUCGAAAGCUCACAGAAAAAAGUGCAUUGAAUCGCGGAUAUUAUAUACUAAAGAGACCACUGGAGCACAGUAUCAGAAUAGUACUGAUGAUAGCUCUACGUCGGAAGAAGAAUCUGAAUUUGAAGCUGAAGCUGAAAGCGAGGAAUCAGGCGGUGAAGAGCGUGAGGCAGCUCGAGGCUUGUUGAGUUUAGCGCGGCCAGUUGCACUGCAAUUACCGGGUCUGCUCUCUACGGAUAGACCGGCUACCUACCCAUAUGGUCGUGUCGCACUAUCACAUCGAUCUGAAGAGCCAGCUGCACCUAUAGAUUUAACAACGCGUCAACCGGAGGAACCCGUAAUGGAAUUGGCAAGUUUGGCUUCAGUAGCUGAACGUGCAAGUUUGGUAGCAGAAUUACCGGGGCGAGGUGCUGGUUCAAGUACAUUACGACUACUUUCUGGCUUGGAUGUUGUUCCGCGGAGGGUCGUCGUAGGUGGACCAGCCUUCCAAGUAACUACUUCUUCGGCUAUUGGAGUUCCGAAUUUUGCAAGUAUAUCAGAGGAUGCUCGUAGUGUUUGUGGUAUUUGCAGUAAAGUAUUCAGCAAACCAAGUCAGUUAAGAUUGCAUAUAAAUAUUCAUUAUUUUGAACGGCCAUUCAGAUGUGAAAGCUGUGGUACUUCCUUUCGCACCAAAGGCCAUCUUACUAAACAUGAACGAUCGACACUUCAUCACAAUAAGGUAAGUAUGACAUCAACAUUUGGAGCAGCGACGGCGAGUAAUCCUCGCCCAUUUAAGUGUACAGAUUGCAAGUCAGCGUUUCGCAUUCAUGGACAUUUAGCCAAACAUCUUCGUAGCAAAAUGCAUAUUAUGAAACUUGAAUGUCUACGCAAAUUACCAUUUGGCACAUACGCUGAAAUAGAAAGAUCUAGCGUGAACUUAAAUGACAUUGAUACAAAUGACUGUGAUACUAGUCUUACUAGUCUUCAAAUUAUAGCCCAAAAACUUUUUGAGAAAGAUCCUAGUAAAUUGGAGCAGUGGGAGAUAAGAAUGCUUCCUGUGAUCAGUGGUGGUGAUAGCUCAUCCGAUGAGGACGAAACUAACCCGGUUCAUUCAACGUCUCAACAAUGUACAGAAACUCAUUUAUCUCAAAACUGUUACAUGACAAAGUGCACUCAAUCAAGCGAUAUAAAUUUAGCAGAAAUAAAGUUGGACGAGGCGAGAAAAAAUUCUAUUUACAAGUGCCACCUCUGUCCAACAUCAGUGCAAAAUUUGAGUGAGCUACAUGUACAUUGUUUUGUUGAGCAUAAUAUCGAAUCAAAUAAUAGCUCCAUAAUUGAUUCUUUAACAAAUAUUAAAGAUAAAAUUAAAGAAAAUGAGAAUACUCACGAUUUUAAAGGAAUUGAAAUAUGUACAGUUAGGAAAGUUGAAGCAGAACAUAGAGUCGAUGCUACUUAGUGCCAAGCAAUCUUUUAGUGUCUGUGUUGAUAUACUAUUUUUUAGUAAAUUAUAAAAAGAUCGACUAAAUUUUUU